AUGUUGAAUGUGACCUUGUGCUACAUUGACCCAUGGCUCAUUUCGAAUUCCAUAGCACGUAUUACAUAACAUUGAUAUAGAAACAUUCGGUUACUGACAAAGUUGAACAGCUAAAAGAGACAAAGGUUGGCAAGAGGGGAAACAUAUUGGUACAGAACGCAAGGAACAUGACAGUAUUAUGACCACCAGUAAAGGAUUUGGCUUAAUAAAUUUAAACACCGAAGAUUCUUGCCCGAAGGCAUAUGGAUGGCGAGUAGUCGGACCUACCACUGUAUCCGACCCAUUACAAUAUAUCGAAGACAUCAGAUCUUUUAAGAUCAGGAAUGAUGACGUCCUAAUUACGGCGUAUCCGAAAUGUGGUACACAUUGGGUGUGGGAGAUAACUCACAUGCUUCUCAGGCAGACAACAGACUACGAGAAGCGAUGCAAGGAACAAAUCAUGUUAGAAGCUCCCGGAGGUCUGGCCAGGUGCGAGAAAGAGGAAUCACCCAGAAUUCUCAACAGCCACUUCGUAUUUGUUCAUCUGCCUCAAGAGAUCAUAGCCAAAAAGACCAAGAUAAUCCAUGUGUGGAGAAACCCUAAAGAUACUCUAGUCUCCUUUUAUCAUCAUUUCACGAGCAUGGGCUCGAGCUUCAGAUUCUCUGAUAUUCUAGAGCUUUCAAUGGCCAACAAACUUCGACUCCACACCCAGUUCGAGUACCUCCAGCAAAUUUCAAAGUUUGAAGAGGACCACGCAGACCACCCCAUCAUGCACAUGUGUUAUGAGGAAAUGAGAAAGGAACCCGCCAAAGUAAUCCAACAACUGGCCAGGUUUUUGAACGUUCCAGCCACUGAAGAAUUUUGCCAAAAAGUUGCAGACGUCUGUAGUUUUGAGAACAUGAAAGUGAUGAGCCAGUCAGGACAGAAAACUUUCCCUCCAGAAUUCUCUGCGGCACGACAGCCAGGUGUCAAGAGCCCUGAAAUCUACCGAAAAGGUGUAGUUGGAGAUUGGAAGAAUCACUUCACGGUGUCCGAGAAUGAAAGAUAUGAUGACGUCAUAAACAGAGCAGAAGAGAAAGGGUUAAAGUUUAAAUUUAUAUAUCAAUAAACUUUUGAUUCUCUUCCAUACUCUGAGACCAGAUACAAUUUUUGUUACACUUGAUACUCUAAGACCACACUGAUCAUUGUAUCAAAAUAAAUAUUUGAAGAAAAAACUCUCAAAAA